GUGGCUCACUCUGAGGGUGGGGUAGGAUGCCCGGUCGAUCCUCUGCACGUGCGCGCUGUGGAAAAGAAAUUGAGAAACGAGGAACGAUGGACAUUCAACGAUCUCUUGAGCUCUUGCACAUGACCAUAUACACUCAAAGCGUCUCGCCUUGUGGCAAAUAUUUAGCAGCCGGAAACAACUAUGGAGAAAUUGCCGUAUUCAGCCUGUCAGCAGCAUUAAGUUCAGAAGCCAAGGAGGAGAGCAAGAAGCCAGUGGUGUCCUUUGCAGCCCACAGUGGAGCUAUCUAUGCCAUGGUGUCCACCGAUCGGCAGCUGUUAAGUGCUGGCAAUGGAGAGGUCAAAGCCUGGAACUGGAGCGAGAUUGUGAAAAAGAGUUGCAAAGAAGCUUGGAGUAGGAGGCCACCUUAUGGGAGUAGACUUGAAGUGCCAGAAAUCAACAGCCUGUACUUGAACCUGAAGGAUAAUUCUCUACUGAUGGCUGGAGGUGACUGUGUCAUUCACAUGAUGGACCUGGAGACUGGAGCCUUUACUCGUGAAUUUCAGGGCCACACUGAUUAUAUCCACUGUUUGGCCCUCCGGGAGCAGCUCCGAGAAUGCCUGUCAGGAAGUGAAGAUGGGACCGUACGUCUUUGGGAUUUACGUACAGGAGGUCAAGUGCAAUCAAUUGAAGUCCACAAAUAUGAGGAAUGCAGCCGCCCUCAGAAUGGGAAGUGGAUCAGUUGUUUGGCGACAGACUCUGACUGGAUGGUAUGUGGCGGGGGCCCAGCGCUCACUCUUUGGCACCUACGGUCAGUGACACCCACCACUGUAUUUCCCUUGCCUCAGUGCCAGCAGCAAGCCAUGUUCUACCAAGAUCUGAUUCUCUCUGCUGGCCACAGUCCAACCAUUAAUCAUUUACAGAUCAGUGGGGAAGUGAAGGCCCAAAUCCCUUGCCUCCCUCGUUGCGUCCACUCCAUUUCCAUCAACGAACGCUCUGCAGAGCAUAAGGUGUUAACAGCAGCUGGAAGCAGCCACUUCAUUGACGUCUUCACCAACUUUGGAUACCGAGCCUUUUCUCUAACUUUUACCUAAGAUGCACAUAGUGUAUUUUUGUAAAUAAUCUUGGUUUUGUGUAAUUUCAAAUCCGGUAUAGUCUAGCAGGGAUAUCUCCAUAUCUGGAGGCAUCUCUGAUUGCUGAGAAGUCUGUAAAGUUUGCCUGCAAAGGCGGUUGCUCCCCAACAAGGUUGUGAGAGAAACUCCAAAAACAGGUACCUCAAAAACAGGAUUACUUAAUAUGGAAGUGAAUGAAAGGAUCUGAAACUUCCCUGAAAGCAGAUAUCCUAAUUCUACUACUGAUGUGUGUGUUUCAUCCCGCAACUGGACUAUUGAAUCUAUUCAUGAAGACAUGGAAACCAUCCCCCAUUCCCCUUGUUUUUCUACAUUUAAAAAUCAACGCAUUUUCAUCUAUACUUUCCUUUUUAUUUUCACAAGUAUUUCAACAAGGGUCCUCAUUUGUUGGUCUGUAGGGUUUUUGAGAAUGGGAAUAGCAGUGGGAACUUUUGCAGGUUUAACUAUUUCAGUUUAUAUCUUUAAAAAAAUUGCACUGAAAAUUCUCCAAACAACUAGAAUGAACUGCCAGAAUUUGGCAGCAAAGUGUAGGUUUUAGGAGGGCUUCAAAGGGCUCCCCACCCCGUUUCUAUCCUUAUUUUUACAUUGGACUGAGAGACAGUGAUUGACCCAAAGUCACCUGGCCAGUCUUCAUGCCUAACGUGAGACUUGAACUCACAGACUCCUGAUGAUUGGUCCAAAGUCACCCACCGGGCUUUUAUGCCUAAGGUAGGAUUAGAAAUCUAGCCUGGUGCCUUAACCAAUAGACCAAGCUGUCUCUCAUUGAAAGGUGUGUUUGGAAAUUCCACAAUUCUUAUUUUUAAAAAAUUGGCUAUUACACAUUUGGCUAUCAGUUGGGUAUUUUGGCGACCUUACUCUGCUCUUCCUACCUUAUAAUUCUGGCUAGCUUCCAGAAUCAGCAGUGGACUGGGAACAGCACAGCCAAGCUAUAAAGAGCUGUUCAGGAUAUAACCUCCCUUGGCAAAAGAUUUCCUACAGUUUCAGCCUCUUUCUUCUGUGAUCAUGAAGGUUACAAUUACCGGUACUUUAUGGUAGAAAACCAUUUCUUGAGAUGAAGAAAAAGUUAUUUAUUAUUUCAAAUCAUUAGAGCUGACCAACUCCACUGGACAUUGGGCAGCAUACAACCUUAUCCUUCCAAAAAAAUCACAAAAAGAGAUGAAAAGUA